AUGUCUGGGGCAGGGGCGCCGGACACCCAGGACCCUGAAGGCGCUGGGACAUGCCCGGAGGAUGUCCCCUCCCUCAAGGAAAUCGAGCAGCUCCUGAACACUGGGCGGCCCUCUUGCAAUCACGUUGAUGAAGUAUGGCCUAAUCUCUUCUUAGGGGACCUAGUAACAGCACACAAUAGAUUUGUUUUGUGGAAGAUGGGUGUGACCCAUGUUUUAAAUGCUGCCCAUGGCACAUCAUACAGCCACGGAGGCCAGGACUUUUAUGGAGCAACCAUUGAUUAUUAUGGUGUACCAGCCCAUGACCUGCCGAGCUUUGAUAUCAGCCAGUUCUUUUUCUCUGCUGCACAGUUUAUCCACAAUGCCUUGAACACGCCAGGAGCCAAAAUAUUGGUACAUUGUGCAGUUGGAGUAAGCAGAUCAGCUACUCUAGUCCUAGCAUAUCUCAUGAUAAAUCACCACCUCCCAUUAGUUGAAGCCAUCAAGACAGUGAAGGAGCAUCGAUGGAUUUCACCCAAUCGUGGUUUUCUGAAGCACCUGCGAAACCUGGAUGUUCAGCUACGGCAAAGGAAGGAGUGCUGAACGGGCAACCCCAUCUACAUUCACUUGACUGAGUUUCACCCUUCAGAGCCACUGUGCACAUACAACUUCCCAUGACCAGUGCACAUGACAAAAAUGAAGACAAUUAUGCAUAGACAUAAAAAGCCAAGAGAACGGUAAAUGGGUUAAUUCUGAUAGCUCAGUCCCUC